AUGAGAUUAGCCAACUGCGCAGGAGAUAUAAUAGUGCUCAAGUGUACGCGCAGACACAAGUGCACUCUCUAUUCCUAUCACUCUCAUACUCCGGUGGGACGACUGCUCGACACGACCGGUGAGAGUGUCGGCGCAGGACCGACGGCAUUACGUGCUCUCCGAGGCACGGGGGUGAAACACCGCCAACUUCCCAACUCCGGGCUGUUACUGAGACUUACUAUACAGGAAGACUCAAUAACUAAACUUGGCCCGACCCGGGACUCGAAUCCAGGACCUCCGGGUGUGCAGCCGUACAUGCUAGCCACUACACCACCGAGGCAGGAACAAUAUAGUUUG